UACCUCAUCUACGGAAAUCAGCAAAAGUAGUCGAGAGUAGACAGCCGUUAGGUGAUCACACACGGCGCGCGGGCUCUUCUUCGAUGUAUUACUACCACUGGUUGGUGUUUCCCUAGUUUUUGGCGACGAUUUCGAGAGCAUACUAAAAAAAAGUUCAGAACGACAACAAAUUUGUUGUGUUCCGGAUCGGAUCGGAUAUCGCAUUCUUGCGCUAUUGUUCUUGGCGUUUUGCAACAUUUGUAACGUUUGGAGGUGUCUCUGACAUUUGUUGCGCGGAAAGUUCUGUGUGUUCUAACUGGGAAGUGAUCAUCAUCAGAAUAGUGGACCAAGUUUGUCCGCUUUAAGGAAACAAUCCCUUGCCGAGGUGCUGGAUUGGGAAAGUUCUAUCAUUGAGUGUCGCAAUUGGAUUUGAAUUGAAAGUGAGAGCGUUCGAAUGAGUAAUGAUUGAUCGUACUUAACGCUUGGAGCCGUGAGGAAGAAUCGUUUUAAACUUAGCGAAGGUGCGAUUCUUGGGUGAAACAGGUGUCACGGAUCCAGUGCAGCAGUAACACUUUCGGAAACAAUCUCGUGAGCGUGCAACAAAAUGACGUUUCGAAGCGAUCGUGUUCUUCUUGAGGGUUGUGAAACUUUCAACGAUCGACAAGGGUGACAGUGGAUCAAUGAACGAGUAGAACAGUGAAUUUUGGCUGAAUGAGUGAGAAGCGAAAGUAAAGCGACAGUAUUUCAAAACUAAGUGACAAAGAAUAUUCUUGACAAAAGUUGGUGAUAUUUGUGGAUCGAUUUUUUUUUUUUUGGGUGAAAGUGAAGCUAAACUAUCUGAGAGCAAUCUUGAAGGCAGUGUCCAAGAAACUUGAACAAAUCAUCGCUUCGACUCAACGCGCGUGCAGACACGCUGCCAAAAGGAUCGAGUUUUGAGUCGCAACUCGAUUUGCAAAAAAACGAAACAAGUCCAGCCCUACGACCACCAUCGCUCCUAAUGCCGUCCAGCACAGCCCUGCCGUUGACGUCUCUGUCGUCGUCGUCGUCGUAGAGCCACUCAGUUGGCAACACUGCUCCUGUCCAGCGCGGCACCAACGAGGGACGCAAUUCUUCAACAUUCCCGUUCUUCGAUCGGUUCUCCUGCUCUGAUCGGAGGAGGAGUCCCGAGAGGCCAGUGAUAAACCCCGUCUUGUGGACAUUCCCUGAAAUCAACCAGCAACCAACCGAAAUUUUCCGCUAGUUUAAGGAGCUUCGAAGCUGCAGAACCGUGCGUUCCCAGCUUCUCACAUCAUCUCAUAUUUCUACUUUGUGGCGCGGCAGUACGCAAAACGAGACCGUGUAAAUGCUUGGAGUUAGGAUGCUGAUGCUGCAAUAUAGCAAACACGGCGAAUGCAUACUCCAGGAAAUAGGUGCAGCAUUCCGGGGCGAGCAUGCAACAGACCUUCUGCUCAUCUGCGAUGGCAAGGAGACGGUCCGGGCGCACAAGUUGGUCCUGGCCGCAGCCAGCCCCCUCAUCAGAAUGAUCCUGGAGGAAACGCCCAUCCUUGAUGGCAUCACCACGGUGUACUUCCCGGACGUCAAAGUGUGCUACUUCCGGCUUCUGCUGGACUUCCUCUACUCCGGACAGGUGUACGUGCGGUCAGUCGAUGAGUACCACCACCUGCAGGACCUGCUAGCGCUGCUACAGAUCAAGGCCAGCAUAUGGAAAAACGGCGAGGAUACGAAAGACACUGAAUCACACAAAUCGGAACCGCACGUGGACAUCAACCGGAACGAGGGUAUUGCAUCCAGUCAUCAUCCGCGGCGGAGAUCCAAGAGCCAGGAAUCGUUCGGUGCCGAUCGCACAAGUCAGAAGAUCAGCGUCAAAAGCGAACGGAAUUCCGGCAGCAGCGAGGAAGGCGAUCGCGAAGAUGGCGAGUACAUGGAAGAGGUGGACGAUGCGAUCAUCAAGAGCAACAACAACCUGCAGCACCAUCACCACCACCACCAUCACCAUCACCAGAUCACACGGCAUGAUGGUGAUGACGACGCCGGAGGUGGGAGCGGGAACGACGGAAGCGAAGGCAGCGGUGCUGAUCGAGGACGAUCCGGCUCGGUGGCCGGCGAAAGCGCAGAUCGGCCAACGCCCACGAAUCUGAGCGGGAGCAUCGGAGGCGGUCGACGAAGUGGGAGUGGCGAACGGGAUCCAGAGGAAGACGAGGACUACGAGCUGGAUGUGGAGGAUCGCGAAGGCGAAGAAGCGGACAGUGCCGUGGAAACUCGGGAAGGGCGACGCGCAGAGUCGAUCGGGAACCGGAGGCGAAGCUCUUCGGAUCCGGUGAAUCUGUCGAUCGUGAAAACUCAGGAUGUCGACUCGGACGAUGCGAACAUCGACGUGGAAACGAUAGGAAAUGCCCCCACCAAGAAUCUACUACCCCGGUACCUGGACCCGUUCCGCAGCAAACGGAAAGCGUACUUCAUCCACUCAGACGCGGAACAGUUGAAACCACUGGAGCACGAACUGCUCCACAACUCACCGGACAACCUGAUGGUGACGCCCCAUCGAAAACGUCGGCCAGGGUUCCACAACUCUCCCGCCCAGAAUCCACCCUUCGUUCCGAGCUACCUGAGCCCGGACGACCUGCGGACGCGAAAGUGCUUCCUGUCUGCGCCAACGUACCUGCCUGACGUCCGACCAGGUUCUCCGAACUCUGUGCGACCCACCGACAUCGGUCUGGUGAACAACCACGUGGUCAACAACAAUAACAAUAACAACAACAACAACCGGAUACGACCUCCCAGCGCAGAUAACAAGCUGGCGGUCGCUCCGUUCGUGUAUCCAUGGCCGACGGCUGCCCUGGCUGGUCUUCCAGGCGGUCCCGGCGACCUGCUCGGCAUUCCGUACGUUCACGGUGGUCCCAACGCGGAAACCAGCCCGGCGGAGUUGAUCCAGCAGAUGAAAAACUUCGAGAAUAGCCAAGCCGAGCUGAAUGCCCGCUCCGGAAGCAGUGGCAACAGCGGAGGCAACGGUCCCGGAACGGGAGGUGCUGGUGGUGGCGGAGGUGGCAGCAUGGGAGGCAACACGGCCGUCCGAGAAUAUCGCUGCGAGUACUGUGGUAAGACGUUUGGCAUGAGUUGGAACCUGAAGACCCAUCUACGAGUUCACACCGGCGAGAAACCGUUCGCCUGCCGGUUAUGCGUGGCGAUGUUCAAACAGAAGGCCCAUCUGCUGAAGCAUCUCUGUUCGGUGCAUCGGAACAUCAUCAACGCGCCGGAAGCGGGCGGCCGCUACACCUGCUGCUUCUGUACGUUGUACUUCGAGACGCUACAGGAACUGGUGCGACAUUUGUCCGGGCAUCACAACAAUCUGCUGCUGAGUAAGAACCUUCACGAAUGAUACCAGCUGCUGGACCUGGACCGAUACUUCUACUAUUACUGCUGCUACCGGCUGGAAAUGCACACCACCCGUUUGUAAGAUAGACGUUUAUAAUGUUUAAAUAUUGGAAUCGACCAUGUGAUAGAAACGCAUAACCUAAAAAUAACUUUUGCAAUUGUUGAACAAAGGCAAAAUAAUGCUACGCACACUUUAAAAAAAAACCCUCACACUCAAAGUCACACCGACGCAGUACGUGAAAAAGGAACGCUAUUCGUGUAUUUGAUCGAUACACCCUUCUAAACCUAACCUGUAAAGAAAAAAGACGCCAACGCUGUUCGUUUUUGGAUACUCGAGUAUACGCCCUACCAACUACAUACUACUAAUACUACCGCAAACGUUAAAUAGUACCGUUUAUGGAACACAGUUAGACACUACCAAUACAACCAACUAGAGAGACCCUCAACCGGAUCGGUUCGUGUGAUGUUAGCGCGAGUAGCGUUCUUUUGUUUGUUAUUGUUUUCUUUUUGUUUUAACGAAACGUCAAUCGUCAAGCGUUUGACUCUAAAUUUUCCCGGAAUAUUUUUCUGUUUACGCGAAGCAAUAUUUAACUGUUAAGUAUUUUUCGUUUUCUUGUGUAAUCUUAAGCAAAGAACAAACGCAAAUGCAAUCAAAAAUUUUCGAUAGGUUAUCUUUAAUAAGUACACACCCACACACAAGCAAACAAACCAACAAUAGUCAGAAACGAAGGAAACUUCACGCGAUUACCAAUACAAUACAACAGUAAGUGAGACGCAAGGAACGAGACGAAUCGAGUCACGUGCCAGAACAGAAACCAUCCAUCUAAUCCGUAUAGAAGAGUGAGAGUGCUGCGCAACACAAGGUACACUUAGUCUUAGUAGAGUGCGCAGCGAAAGUUACUUAAGCCGAAAGUACAGUACGUUAGUUUUGUUUUUUCUCUAUUGUUUAGAGGUUUUUCCCUUAAUUUAUUGCUAUUUAACAAACAAAUCCACCACCACCACCGAAUGACAACACAGACAAACACACUCACACAUAAAAACAAACUCAAACACAGAUCGAACGAUUGAGAUCAAAUGGAUGAAUGUGAUUCGUAACGUAACCCCCUUAUUGAACGUAUCUAACCUCCAAAUUCGGAAUCGAUGGAAAUUGUUGUGAAGGAAACUGCGGAAAUGUCGAAAAUAAAAGCAUGAUGGGAUUCGUGGAAGCUCGAACAGCACGUCAGGUAAGAUCAAGAACUGCGAAGGUUCAAGAAGCUCUUCGAGAAGGUAUUUCGGGUCCUACAUAGGUGCGUACACAAUUCUAAUCACUGAAAUCAACUCGCAGAAGUUUUCUCGUAGUUUAUUUUUGAACCAAACACGUUACUUUCCGAUAGGACAUGGGUCAGCUGAAAAAGAAACCAGCAGGGUGACCAUCAAUUCUAGGUGAUGUAACCUCAAAAUCAAGUAGGCCAUGACGUUUGUGGUCCGAGUCGUGAAAUGACGAUAUUCACUUGAUCGAAAGUAGAGCUUACUUUGCAGUGGGUUUAUUAUCAAUUUUCAGAAGAUUUUUCUUUUUAUAGUCUAUUCUGAAGGUUCCGUUUUCAAAGCACCUGAGUUUACAGAGUUGUUUUAAAUUUGCAACAACCUUAAUACCAAGGUAGCCCCACAAAUGGACAGCCCCUUCAUUGAAGUGGAGUCAUCUCCCUUAAAACCACUUUUAGAAUAAGUUCAUUUGAGUUGAAAAUUAACUCGUCAAGAGGAUUAACUUGGCAUACAACGGAUGUUAACCACUGUUGACAAUUGCCAACAUAAUCAAUGCCAAGUUAGCCCCACAAACGGUUGAUAUUACUUGCUGAUCAAUGGACUUCGUAUUAGUUAGGCUUGGAAAUUGUCUUCCCUCCAAUCACUCGUAAAACAUAAGAGUCGAAAUUCUGAAGGCUCUGGUUUCAUAAUGCCUUCAUUUCACAAAGUCACAGCCAAGUUAACCCAUAGGUCGAUUACCACAAUAGAGCUCUAAAGUUCUGAACCCAUUUCAGUACCAAACGCCUAAAUUAAGCCGGAGAAACAUGUUUACUUAAUUUUUGAACGCUUUUUGUUGAUUUACGGCCUAAAAACAUUUUUUUGUCUGAUUUUUGAGAUUUUGUCACACCCUUUCGUGUAAACUCAAAUUUUGAGCGUAUUUUGUUUUCCGUGUCGCUUCCAAAAUGUCAACCCCAGUGUUAAAAAGUUGAGCCCCUGUGGCGUUUUUGUCGACUAAGUGAAUGUCAAACAUGAUCAAAAGUGUCGAGGUUCAAAUCUGGACUUGUUUGAUUAAUUAAAUUUUCAAUGUGAUAUAGCCGUUAUUUGAACAAGAAAAAUUGCAAAGAACAUGCACUUUCCUUUUAUUCAAUGAAAACAUGAUUGCAUUGAAAAUUGUAGGACCCUAUUGUGGUCACUUUCAAGGCUUCUCCUCUUGCUCUACGAGACCGUCCUCGGAAGUAAGACUCAUGGCUUUGAACAUUUGAUCGAUAAGGAUAUACGAACGAUCAUCAGUCCUAUCGAUAUAGCUUUUUACGAGCGCUAAUUGCUAACGCAAGCUCGAUAACUCGAUUUCUCUGUCAAGAUAUCACAAGCCAAACGUAAGAACGAGUGAUCCCUACCAGAAAACGAGCUUUCGUAUUGCUACUAGGACUAUCUGCACUUCCAACUAAAUGCCUGGUAUUCACCAAGGCUGAUUAAAGCGGUCUUAUGUUAUAUUCAAAUUCACGAUUGCUGCACAACAUAUACCAGAUUAGAACACCACUCACUGCUCAAAUCUUAUAUUUAAAAUACCGUUUUUUAAUACAAAUAUUACGAAUGACAGUGAUGCUCGGAAUCUCGAAAAUUCUUAGCUGUUGACAAUAAGAAAUCUUGAAGAAUAUUUUGAACGGAUGGAAACGACGGCAAAACUUAAGAAUCUUGGUUUUACUGGGAAGUGAUCCAUCAACACGGGUUAACCACCUUCAAAGUUUCUCAAUAGGGUCCUAAAGCCAAAUUCUUAAGUUUAGGCCAAAAACACUUGUUACUCGAUUUUUUAAUGUUUGUCGUUUGUUUGAGUCCAAAAAAGCAUUUUUUUUUUUUAGAUUUUGUCACACCCCUUGGCUUAAACUCAAAUUUUGGGUGUAUUUUGUUUUCCUUGUAUCUUCCGAAAUGUCAUAUAGGAACAACCCCAGUGUUAAAACUAAAACCCCUGUGGUUUUUUUGUCAUCCUGCAUACAUUUUCGGCUCUUCCUCACAUCGUAUUUGGUACUUUGUGUUUUGGUACCCACUUUCUGGUCGGUUUGCCCUAACUUGCUCCUGAUUUUCGAGUAUACGGCUCAUGUGCUGCUAGUGCUAGUUUCGGGCAACUAAAUAUAUUGCGUUGAAUCGUCGUAUUUGAUUACGCUUUUCCUCGUUUCAACAUUUUGUUGAAUGUUUUACGCAUCAGUUAGGUAUCAUUGAUGUCUCCUAUCCUAUCUAUUUAUCGGUAAAUCUUGCUGAUCUAAGUAAUAGUGAGAAAUUCUCGUCUCGCCAUCUUGAUUAUGACAGUGCAAAACUGAAGCUUUUGAUAAGUUUUUCACAAAAGAUCAUAAGACAAUAUCCAUGGUUAGCGAUUCGCAAAAAAUCGUAUCGGAAGAUGGAAAUGAGCCUUAGAUGUUGAUAAAAGAGAAAGUAAGCAAAGAGAGGCUCUCAAUGGCUAGGUCGUUUAGGAAAAUUCAGCGAGAAUUGUUUUCUUCCAGCAUGAGGCAAGAUGCACUUGUUUCUUCUGCUGCAUACUAAUUUCUAUUACUUUUGAGAUUAACCUUUUCAAAUUUUCAAAAUUUACUCUAUAAUUAUUCAUGAUUUUUUCAAGUAUUUGGGGCUUUAGAGUCUAUUUCAUCUUUGAUCAGAUACUAUCCGUUUGGUAUACAGACACUUUAAGGAUGCCCUUAUAUAUCAAGAGUUUUGAUCUUGUUUCCGGUUCAGCUUUUAUCUCAUCUGCUUGGUCAUUAUCAAUAUGAAACUUCCUGAUAUAACAGUUUAAAUUCUUCUCUCAUAACCUACUCAGCGAUAAUGUGACCACCUAUUAACGUAAUUUAUAUUUCCUUCACCGGACUGUGACAUUUUCACAGAAGAACUAUCAUCGAGCUUCCAUGUUCCCUAAUUGAUAGCGAGCGAAUUGUUAUGACAUGCCAUUUUAAACAAUUUAGUCAUCUUGUCAGUUUCCUUCGAAUGUGCAACAGUUUCCAUCCAUUCACAAACACGACAAAUAUGCCAAAAAUGUAUACUUCAAAAAACGAAUAAACCUACUACUCAUCCCGUUUUGAAUAAUAAAAAAAAUACUAUUCCAAUAUUCUGAUAUCGAUUAAAUCCAGUCAAAACCAACAAAACGACUAAUCCUCAAUACUAUAGUUAAGCGCGCAAUAGAAAAGAAAGUUAAAAAAAAUCGCGCCGAACAGAACCCUACAGUUCUGUUCCGAUAAUAAGAAAGCGUGUGUGGUUUGAUACUAAUUAAAAUAUAUAGUGAACCAAUGGUACAAAUUACAUUUGUAGUGAAGCACAAAUAUUAGACAAAAAAAAGAAAGAGUAUGAAAACGCAAACAACCGAUUAACAAAAGGAGAAGGAAACCCUCCAUCCUUCCCUGUUUCUACUUAAUGAUGGUAUUCAAUGGCCGCAAGCUAAAAACAAAACGAUAAAAUCUCACAAUCAUUCCGUUCGCAAGUUAGGAUAAUAAUACUAAUCUGUAUCGACAUAGCUAAGUAGGAUGUCAGUGGUACCAUCUCGUGCCCGAAGGCGAGAUCUUCUGUAACUCUAGGAAAGACAACCAACACAAUGAAUAACACGACAAUAGCAAACCACAGUUAUCAAACACACUCACACAAUGAAACAAAUGAAAGCCAAAAAGUUACUCAUACCUGUCAGUCAGUCGCGUAAAUACAUAGCCACAAACACGCACACACCGACCCUUCAUUGAUCAUAGCAACCGCAGGAAAUGGCGGCUGAAACCAUUCUCAGUAAAUAAGUCAAAAUAACGUUCGGAAUCGCGACCAAGAUUGCUUGGAUCGAUUUCUCGAAACAAAAUAAAAGACAAAAAAAACAUCCGCUUUCGGUUAUCGUUUUUUGAACGCGAAUGCGGGGAUGAAGCGCUGAUACAUGGUGGCUUCACCGCUUCCCAGAACCAGUAGAAAAUAUUAUAUGCUUCAUUGGAGCAACAGUUCUUCCAACGUGAAGCACUGGAAAACAGAUAUAAAUAAAAACAUGUUAGAUAUGCACUACGCAACUGUACAGCUAUCUGCUCCGUCAUCUUCUUCUUCUUGUUCUAUGUAGAAAGUAGAUUGUAAAUUUUGCCUCUAAGAAUACUAGUGUUAAUUCUAUACCAUUUGUUCAUAGUUUAAUUUUUUUGUUUAUAUCUUUAUAAAAAUAUAUAUAUUUUUCUUGUGUACAUAUAGUGAUGUAAUAUUUAAUAAAUUAAAACAGAAACGUUUAAAAUGCAAUUGUUCUCAAAAAAAAGACGUUUGUAGGGAACAGUUUUUAGUCCGUUGCAACAAACAGAAACAGAAAACCUUGUAAACAUCUUCCACUUUUAAUCUAAGUAAAUCAAGACAUAUACUUAACUAGGUACGAAAAUCCCCAAGAUUGCAUCGGACACGCCGAGCUAUAGUGUAUUAUAAAACUGAAUGUAUUAUGAAUGCAGCUACUUAAACAUAACAAAACAAAACCCUCUAGUAGUGUAAUUUUACCUUUAUACUCGAAAGUAGAGUAGUUGACAAACCCCCAUUUGAAUGGAAGAAAGAAAAGACAACUUUACCACCAAAAAAAUGAAACAUUCGUUACUAUAUAACUUUUAGAUAAAACCAACACAAGUAGGAACAAGUAGGAAAAAAACAAAAAAAUGGCGAAGAAGAAGAUCCAUCCGAUCCACUUAAGAAUUUGUUUAGUUUAAUAUACCUUUUAUCUUCCACACGCCCACACAAACACGCAUGAUAAGUAUAUGUAGAUUUAACAAGAGGAAUAAAAAGAACACCGUUGUGUGUGCAAGAUUGUUGUAAA